GUAUUAUUACCACCCUCUGUUCUGGUAAGCAGUGCUUUUAAAGCUAAUAGAGGUGUUAAGAUAGCAGCAAAUUAGAUAAAUGGUGCCCGCACUCUAGAUAGAUGAUUAACGCGACCGGUCUGCUGCCUCUGGUACCGUGAGAUGACUUCUUCACCAAGUGAAUGCUCUCUGGGAGACAAGACCUCUAAAAUCAUUACAUUCUAUAAGGAUCUCAGCCACGAGGUUGAUGGACAUUUUAGUAGGGCCCUCUCCACCAGUUCAACAUCCUCCUCCUCAUCAACUGUUGUCAAUUGCAACAAUACUAACGAGAACAACAGCAGUGACUCUUCCCUUAUCAAUAGCAAGAACUCCCCGUCAAAUGAGAUCAAAAAAGAAACAAUUGAAAGUAGUGGAACAGGAGUCUUCUCAUCUCCUACUUCACCGUCUGUGAACAAUCCAGAAAGGAAAAGUGAUGCAGAGCCUCAUGAUAUAAGCCAGCAGCAUGCAUCCACUCCUCCUCCUAGCUCAACUCCAGCAAUCAUAUACCCAGGCCUAGCUGGGCUGCUCGUCCAUCCACUAAUUGACUCAUUCUCUGAUGCACCUAGAAUACAGGGACAGCCUGUCAAUUACAACAGAAGCAGCGGAACCUCUCACCCUCACCCUCCUCCUCCUCCUCCCCUUCCUCCUUCUUAUUUAGAUUAUACGCCAGCACAGGAAAUGCAAAGUGGAGCAUUAAACAUGUCACAGGCACACUUUCAUUAUAAUGGUAAUUUUAGGGAAUUUUCUUUUGUGUCACCUCAAGCGACAAAACAGAUAUCUUACUAUCAUCACCAUCAGCAUCAGCAUCCACCAUCAUAUGGAGGCUUUUCUGCUGAAGGAUAUUCCUCAGCUUCCUGGUCAGAUGCAACUGUUCCUUCAUCAAAUGACUAUGUAGCCCAUCCACAAAACAGUUUCCCUAUUUCCCACUUUGAUGUGCCUUACAAUUUGCAAGCAGCUUCUUUUCCUCAGUCGCAAUCUCACGCAUGCAAUAGUCUAGGAAUGUGGGGCUCAUACAAUCAAACUGGUGGACAUCAGCAAGCACAGUAUAUGCAAGGUAGUGGAGAAGGAUAUGAAGAUCAUCAACAACAGCAGCAUCACCAAGCACUCUCAUAUAAUCAUUACCAUCAUCAUCAUCAUAACAACAUCAAUCCUCCUUCUCAUUAUUUUGAUAACAACAAUUGCCCAAAUCCAGGGCCCACUAGUGCAGAGUAUGAUCAUCAAAUCCAGACUACUAAUCAGUGGGGCUAUCCAGCAGCACCAGAAGAAAAGAUAAGAGCAUUACCACCACCUCCUCCCUUGGACUCUGACCUUCACCACAUACUUAAAUUAGAAAUUUGACAGUAAACUCUCUCUCUCUCUCUCCCCUUUCACAACUAAGCAUAUAAAACAUACAUAUGACAUUUCUGGAACUUUUUAAUUGUAUUUGCAAUAGCAGGUGUAGACUUCCCUCUCAUAA